AUGCCUCGCUCUUCGUCCGCCACCUCUAUGCUCUCCCCUGAGAUUGGAAACAGUCUUGACCCGAUACGGUGCACGAGCUCCUUGAGUGUGGCACCGGAAGAGGCCGUUGUCGGUCUUCCCACCAUGGGCAUGAAGGCUCAUCCAUCAAUGUAA